GUUAUGGCUCAAGCUUCUGCUUCCACAUUUGGAAUUUAACAAGGCUGUUUGCUACUAAUCUAAUAUCCAGCACACAGCUUGCAAAUUUCAUAUCCAAGCAUAAACCAUUAUACAAAGCUUUAGCAUCAAGAAGAUGGCUCAAGAUCAGAAGAAGGAAGUGGUAAAAGUAGAAUGGAGAAUCAAAAAGGAAGAAGAGAGAGCAGGAUUUGCUUUCAUGUGGGCCUGUAUAGUAGGGCUAGGAUUCAAGCUAUGCAACUUUGUGAAGAAAGCAUGGGAGUUAGGGGUGAAUGAUCCUAGAAAAUUCAUCCAUUGCUUGAAAGUAGGUGUAGCACUUUCUGCUGUUUCUAUCUUCUACUACUUGAAGCCUUUGUACAAUGGAGUUGGAGGAAAUGCUAUGUGGGCAAUCAUGACAGUAGUUGUAGUGUUUGAGUUCACAGCUGGUGCUACAAUAUAUAAAACAAUGAACAGAAUGUGUGGAACUUCCCUUGCCGGGUUUCUAGCCCUUGGAGUACACUGGGUAGCUAGUAAAGCAGGACAUCAAUGGGAUCCUAUAAUUUCUGGAGUCUCACUCUUUCUCUUAGCUUCUGCAGCAACAUUCUCUAGAUUCAUCCCAACCAUAAAGGCUCGUUUUGAUUAUGGAGCCUUGAUAUUCAUCCUCACUUUCAGCUUGAUCUCAGUAUCAGGUUAUCGGGUUGAAGAGUUGUUAGCUAUGGCACAACAAAGGAUAAGCACUGUUAUAGUAGGCAGUUUGUUGUGCAUAAUUGUUAGCGUCAUCGUUCAACCCGUCUGGGCUGGUCAAGAACUCUUUGUUUUAGUGACCGGGAACCUCGACAAGCUGGCAAACUCUUUACAAGGUUGUGUAGCUAAGUACUUCGAUAAUAGUGAGUCCCCUGCAGGAAAUGAUGAGGAGUCUCACAAAAAACUGCUAGGCUACAAGUGUGUGCAACAAUCCAAAGCAUCAGAAGAAGUAAUGGCUAAUUUUGCUAGAUGGGAACCUGCCCAUGGCCGCUUCAACUUUCGUCACCCGUGGAGGCAAUAUCUCAAAAUUGGGGCAUCAAUGCGCAGCUGUGCUUCCUGCCUAGAUGCUCUUUUUGGAUGCAUAAAUUCAGAAAAUAAGAGUUCUGAUGACAUCAAGAAGAACAUGAGCAGCAUCUCAAUGAAAGUGGGUGCAAACACUGCAAGUGUGGUUAGAGAGCUAGCAAUUACAAUGAGGAACAUGACAAGGUCAAACAAACUUGACAUUCUGGUUGAAGAGAUGAAUGGUGCAGCGCAAGAUCUUAGAGAUUUUUUGAAAUAUCCAAACAUGGUUAACCCAACAACGUCACAUAGUGCAAAUGGUGAAGAAGUGUCUGCAAAUAUCAAAAUCCCACUCAUGGAUAUUAUUCAAGUGGUAACUGUGGCUUCUUUGCUUAUCGAAAUCGUAGCGCGUGUAGAAGACAUUGUGAAAGCUGUUGAAGAAUUGUCAGAUUUAGCUCAAUUCCAACUAGCUGAGUGUGAGAAACCCAAACAAGUACAUUCACCCAACAACAAGAUCUCCCCAGACCAAGAGAAGGAUGAGAAAGAUAUCAAAAUACUCCAAAUGGUCUGAGUCUGAAGAUUCUAUUGUACAUAGAUUCUAUGAUACAUGACAGAUUACAUGUUACAUGUAUCAGAUAUGGAAAAUAAUAUAUCCACACCCUGAUUCCACCCUCGACCAGAGAGAGAUAGGAAUAGAAGAGAGAAAAACGAGAGAUCUGAUAUGUGAUGUGAUAGGAAAAUAAUUAGAGAGAUAGAAAAAGAAAGUGCAUUGUGAAAAUGAAAUGGAAGAUAAGGUAACUGUCAAUGUAUCAAAACUGUAUCAGAUAUAGUGAUCAGUUACAAAAGGAGGAGCAAAAGAAGAAAUCACAAGCAUUAGCACAUCAGCAUGUGUUGACAUUGGAUGAUCAUCAAUAUUACAGUACUAAUAAUUUAACAGUUA